AUGACUUUGUUGGAGGAGAUUAUUCAAAAUUAUCUUUCCCCAAUUAGUGCGAAAAAAUUUCCUUUGCUUGAAGAUGAUAAGAAAAAAGAUGUUAUCUUGAAAUUGAUUAGUGGUGCAGUCUUUUGUGAUGCUUGGGAAGCUUAUUUUGUGUAUGCCCAAGAAAAUGGCAUUCCUUUAACGGAUGAAAUGGCUUUUGAGGCCGUACAUGCUGUGGGCUUAGAUGUUUUUAGUGUGCAUCUUUGGAUUGAGGCCGCUCGAUCUUGCUCAAACCGCGAAAACAGAUUAGAAAUCUAUCAUCUUGGGUUAUCUGUACCUCUUUACGAGCGCUAUCGUUUGUAUGAAGAAUAUAAAGCAUACAAUGAUGGGGACUCGACAAAAUUGAUCGAUGCGAAUGAGGCUUUUGAUAAAGUACUUGAGUGUGAACGAUGGCCUGAUCGUUAUGCUCACUUUUGUAGUGAUUCGGAUAGGGUUGAGGUGCGGAAACAAUGGAUUUCUCUUUUCCAAUACAUGAAGGAUAUUCUAGAGAACGGGAUAUUAGAAAAGGAGAUUCAAAUUCGUCGGAUGAUUCUUGCAUACCGCCAAAUGUGUGCUCAGCUUCCUGAGGAUGACUCUUGCUGGUAUGAUUAUUGUCUUUUUUUGCUAGACACAGUUGGUGAUAAAGAGCUCGCUCUUGAAACUGCUUUGGGUGGGCUUAAUGAGGUCCAAAACAAUUCAUUUGCGCUUCAGAACGUUGUGAAUAUUUUAUAUUCUGGAGAAAAUGAUUCAACUCUCCUGGAUGUGGCUGACAAGGCGCUUUUUUCGCAGCGAGUGAUUGGGGAAGAACUUGCCCACACUCCCUCUGGAAUGAAUAAAGAGUCUGUCAAGCGCUUUCGUAGAAUCGGCAAACUCGCGGCAAGCGAGGGUGUGCAUGAUUGGAAAGUCUAUUCUCAGUGGAGUAUGUCCGAGCACUUGAUAGUAAAAGACCCUCAAAUGGCCUCUAAGGUUCUCGAGAACGGCGUGGUAUGCUGCUCUCCAUCCCAUGCUGACGCGAUUUUGCUUCAAGAUGAGGCUAUUCAAUACCACCUUGCCCAACAUCAUGAGCGUGAGGCCUUAGGCUAUGCUGAGCAGCAGGUCGAGGAGGCUUCCGCAAGGCACGAUGUUGGGAGAAAAAAAGCGGCGUGGAACCGCUUAGUCUCAACCGAAAACAAGCUUAGCUUGACUCUUUCCAAAGCGGAAGGCCGCCGCAACGAGGUUUUUCCCCGAUCACAGCUUCAAUCCUUUCUUGAAAAGGUUCGAGUUGGUUGUUAUCUACCAUGUUCAAAGGAAGAGCUUCACUGGAUGCAGUUCUUAGAGGAUUUUGAAGCGAAGAAAAGUGCUGAAAUGGAUCCUACAUUCCAAUGGAUGGAAGUUCCGAGAGAAAAACGACUCUCGCCUACCCUCACAGCUCCCGUAUUUUUCGAAUCUGUAGAUGAGAGUUGUUGGCCGGCCCUUAUGAUAGCGCCCAAUCUCUUUGAGGCAAAGGAGUCGGAUGAUCCAGAUGCUGUGGUGGGACCUCGGGAGUUCUGUGGAAAGCUCGUCUACCGGCUGCAAGUCGACAAAUCUACAAAAGCCCGCUUUCAGCGAGAAGAUCAGGUACGAAAGGCACGAGAUCUCAAUAGUUCGAGUUUAGGUAAACCUGAAAGUCCUUUUGGACGGUUAAUCAUGUUACUCAAAGAGCGUUCGUUUACCGAAAACCAAAAACAGCACCUGCACAUACUCUCGCUUGAAUGGAUUAUUACGCAGUUAAUCAGUUCCGAGCUAAAUCUUAGCGAAAUCCUGAAUAAAAAAGGUAGACGAACAUAG